AUGGUAGAGGUGGGCUGCUCGGUGACUGCAAUGACUACGACCACGGGUGUAGCCGAAUCCUGCUACUCGGUGUCCCCAGACGAUGACCAGGGCGAAGACGGUGGAGCCUGGCCCGAUAGUAUUCUCUCCAGCAUCAGGAGUUCUGGUUGGCCUGGAUUGGCCAGUGCCAUGGGUAUCACCACAGACACUAGUGCAGGCACACACACCCAGGUGAUCUAUAGUGGUACGGCAUCCGCUCUUACCCGCACCACCGCCACCACCACCACAGCAUCCAAGACCUCCACAUCUUCCUCCACCAAGAGUGCUCCCACAUCCACCAAAACCGCCCUUCCAAAGUAUGGCACUUCGUCUGCAUGGGCACUCUUCCUUCGCGAAGUCGACUCCUCGUCCGGGGUCACCUACACGUUGCUAGCCCACGAGUACGAGGCUGAAGGUUUCGCCGAGGACCAUUGCACAAUGGAAGAGACCUGGAUGGAGAGCGUCAACUCUGGCAAUAAGGAGAUCACCAGUUUGACGGGCCUUACAGUUUAUGGGGAUACGUGCUCAAUGACGGCCUCCUAUCCCGGGCUUGUCCAGGACGGUGAUACGGUCGGCAAGCUCGUCUGCGACACGUACGCUGACGCAACCUGCGAAUACCGUAAUCAAGGUGGAACAUGCGAGACAGGCCAAAUCCUAGAGACAUGGAUUAUGGCUUGCGAGUGGUAA